AGAGUCUCUCUCCCCUUUCUCUAUCCUUUCGUCUCUCUAUCUCUCUUCACUAUUUUUCUCCAAAGGAUAAAGAGAGAGAGAGAGUUUAGAAGUAGAGAACAUAGAGGGAUGAAGAACACGAUUAGAUGCUGCAUAUCAUGCAUUCUCCCUUGUGGAAUUCUUGACGUGAUCCGCAUAGUACACUCGAAUGGCCGGGUCGAGGAGAUCAGCGGGAAGAUCCAAGCUAGCGAGAUCAUGAAACUCUACCCAAAACACGUUCUUAAGAGGCCGUCUUCUAAGGCAUCCGAUGAUGGGCUGGUUCCCAGGAUCGUGGUCGUCCCGCCUGAUGCUGAGCUCCAGCGAGGCAAGAUUUACUUCCUCAUGCCCAUCGCCCCUACGUCUUCUUCUGCAUCAUCGGUGAAGAGCAGAUCGAGAUCAUCGAGGAAGCGGAGGACCCAGGGAUCGGCUGCUGCUGAUAGUAACAUGAAGUCAGACUUCCUCGUCUCUGAUCAGUACUUGAGCGAGAUAAUGUCGGAGAAGAUCUCAACCCAGAAGGACCAGAGAAGGGGCCGCGUUGGUGUAUGGAGGCCUCACCUCGAGAGUAUUUCCGAGACACUAUAUGACGGGUGACGCGAUGCGAAAAAUAGGUUGAGCAAGAAGCAAACUUCUUACAAGAAAUUAUACACUGGGAUUAUUAGUUAAAACGAAGGUCAAACGGCUUACACAUAAAACGAUCUAAGAGGCAAGUGUCCCCCCUUAGCCUAGCUGGUUGUGGUAAUCUCGGUUGGUAAUUUAUAUUGGAAGUUACUUUUUCCCAAAUUUUUAGUGAUUAGGGUAAAGUUUUGGUGCCUCCUCUCCUGUCUGCGCAUUGUUUACUUCUUCUGUAAAUAUAUGUAAGUGCCCCUGGGACCUAGAAAACGCGAGCAACAUUUUCCUUUUGAAUAUCAUAGUUUUUUUUUUUUGGGGAAUAAAUUUGGCGAGAGAUAUUUGGGAAGAGGCUUCUUUUUCUUCUCUUUUUUCCUGACAAUCAUGAAAUAUAUUAUUUUCGGUUACAAGUA